CUGUUACCUGGUGGUUUAGUAUGGCAUUACGCCAAGAGGGCGGAGUUAUGUAGGCUACCGGUAGGUGGGAGGAGUGAUAGUUUGAAAGUGCAAACGCACGACAGCAGGAAAUAAAAUGUCAAAUUCCCAUAAUUAGAACUUUCACCUGCGGCGGCGUAUGUAAACAACAUAAUAACAUCAACAACACGUGUCACAGCAGUUUACAGAGCUCGCUGCUCUCUGACUUUUAAACCAGUGGCGAUAAAUGAAGCGUGUAAUUUCGUACAACACGCUACGUAACAUGCGCUGUUUAAAAGGUUAUUCGAGGAUGUUGUCAAACAGACUGUAAAUGAACUUGAGUAGGAUAUCGUUAAAACGAAAACGCACACUUAAAUUGCAAUACCCAAUGAUAAGCAUCGUCUCGAAUUCUAUCAAAGUAAACGGCGUUUGCGCUUCUAAUAGCUGAUAAACUGCGUCGUCGCUAGUGACAACUGAAUCUAGGCAACAUAAUACUGAUAACAAAAGUGAUUUAGCCAUCCAAAACUGACUAAAGCAGAUUUUUUUGACCGGGAUACAACUAUAGUGGUCUCUGGUAGGAUUCCCCCAUCUGCUAUCCUCCUCAGGCACCAGCCCAUGAUUGAAAGUAAGAGAUGGGCUGGGCCGCCUCUUUGUGACAAUAGAGAAGAGCUGAGGUGAUCACGGCAGCGCCAGCAUCACCGUAUUGCUCUUCACGGAGAACGGACAGGGCACCACAUCUGCUCAUAUCCGUCUGACAAAGCUACCACAAGUUUAUCCACGACCACAGUAAGCCGGUUAUUUGACACGAACUGGACGAGCUGGUCUCACUCCUCCUCCUCCUCCUCCACGCGUGGGCUGCUCGCGCUGGGAACUGGAGAGCGGCACGAGACAGCUCAGAUCCAUCCCAGCGUUCAACUCACUAUAUCGGAUUCAUUCGUGAACGGCGGAUGUAAUUUAUCGGAGGCAACCAUCCAAAGGCUUUCUUUCAAUUGCACAAGCGUCUCUUAACAAACACGGCUGUUGUUCGGAGGCUGGAUAUCCGUCUUUUAACCGCGCAAGACGCAUUUGACUCGGGAGAGAUUUAAUCGUUGUGGAGUAGGUAUACGCACUUUCACGCGGUCCGAACAGGCGCAUUCAUAACUCCACCCGGACUGAUUUCUGGAAGGUCCGAGUGACGAUUAGGAAUUUCUAACCACAUUUGCAUUUUUGUUCCUGCAAUAUCUGGACUUAAUCGGCAGUGCUGAAACAGUAGAACAAUGGAUAUCAAAUGGCUUAUUAUAGCCUUUGCGGUUUUGGUGGUCUCAUGCUCGGCCCAGCGGCAGGUCACAGUUCAGCCGGGGCCCUUGAUCCGAACGGAAGGCUCUCACAUCACCAUCUGGUGUAACGUGACCGGCUACAAGGAAGGGGUCGAGCAAGACUUUGAAUGGUCCAUGUACCUUUACACCGCUCCCGAUCGAGAGAUCCGUAUCGUGAGCACGUCCCAGCACAACUACGCCUACGCCUUGUACGCCCAGCGUGUCAACAGCAAGGAGAUCUACAUCGAGAGGCUGAGCAGAGACUCUGUCCUGCUGCACAUCACCAAGCUGCAGGCCACCGACCAGGGCAUGUACGAGUGCUACACUCCCAACACCGACAGCCGCUACCUGGGCUCCUACAGCGCCCGUACCAACCUCACCGUGAUCCCGGACACUCUGACGGUGAUGGGCACUGCUCAGACUCUCUCGAAAGUGGAGGGGGACACGCUACAGCUGAGCUGUGAGGUCACACGCCAGACGUCUCAGCACACUCACGUUUCUGUGGGGUGGUACCUGCGACCCUCUGAUGACCCCAGUUCUGGUCCACGUGACCUGGUCACCCUGUCACGGGACUUUGUUCUACGGCCGGCUGGACAGUACCGCCAACGUCUGUCUUCAGGAGACCUGCGUCUGGACAAGACCAGCCCCACUUCCUACCGUCUCACCAUCUACAAACUGCAGCCCACAGACCAGGGAGAGUUCUACUGCGAAGCCUCGGAAUGGAUCCAGGACCCAGAUCACUCCUGGUACGCCAUGACCCGGAAAGAGUCGGAGAAGACGUCUGUCAAAGUUCAGCCCGCAGAUCGGGACUUUAGUAUCCAGGUGACCACUGAGCGCCGGGCCUACACGGCUGGUGAGCCGCUGGAGCUCCGCUGCACCAUUGAUGCUCAGAAUGUUCCAGAGCGCUUCUUCUCGGUGUCGUGGGUCUUCAGCAGCUCACCCGUAGCCGUGAUUGGGCCCAGCGCCGUGCCCGUACUGGGACCCAACUACAUGGAACGGGAAGCCACCGGCCUCCUGACCGUGCGCAAAGAGAGCCCUUCCGUCCACCUGCUCAAGUUGCAGCGUCUACUGCCAGAGGACUCUGGGAAAUACAUCUGCAGAGUGACAGAACGGGAGAAGACCCUCACUGGAGAUUUCAUCGACCGCAGCAAGCGGUCCCGUAACGUUCAGAUCAGUGUAACACCUCUCAGAAGUAACAUCACUGUGUCAUUAUCCAGUAACACGUCAGAUAUAAUGGAGGGGGAGACCGUCCAGUUGACCUGCGUUGUUAGCAGCACUGUGGGUCCCCUGUCAGUGUCGUGGCAGUGGACAGAUAAGGAGGGGAUGGGUCCCGCUGUGAAUGUGGCUUCAGUGGAUCGUGAGGGCACGGUCACUCCUGGGCCCACCUUUAGGGAGCGCAGCAGCUUUGGAGAGAUCCGGGUGGAGCGGGUUCGACCCGACACGUUUACCCUGUUCCUGUAUAAUGCCUUCCCCACAGACGAGGGCCAGUACAGAUGCAGCGCCACCGAGUGGUCCCAGAGCGGUACUGCACCUGACUGGAUUUGGCAGCAGAUUGGAGACGAAUCCGCCACCAAGACUGUCACUGUAAAAUCAGUUGAAUCUUUCUUCUUCGUGUCGGCCUCCUCCCGUACGCCCAGCGUGACGUUUGGCGACUCGUUUGACCUGCAGUGCAUCGUGAAGCCACGGCACAAUCCCAACGUUCCUGCUGCGGUCACAUGGCGCUUCCAGCCAGCAGAGGGCGACGGAGAGUUCCGAGAUUUGGUGACGUUCACGCGGGACGGCACUCUGCAGUGGGGCGACCAGCUGCUGGGCCUGGGCACCCGUACCAUGGUGGAUCGUACGCCUACGAACACCAAUUUCCGCCUCAGCAUCACCCGAGCUGGACGCAAGGAGGCCGGGACGUACCAGUGUGCUGCCCUGCUUUAUCGGAGGAAUUACGAUGGCACCUGGAGCACGGUGGCCAACCGCACCUCCAACCCACUGGGCAUCAGUGUACUGCAGCCUGUAAGUAAACUGAAGGUGCACAAGUCCAACCGGAGUCUGCAGUUUCUGGAGGACAGUCGGGUGCGUGUCAACUGCUCCAUCACCUCUCAAACCAGCCCGGACUCUCAGCAUGCUGUGCUGUGGUACGCCCGGAAGGCUGAGGCAGGAGAGCCGGAUGAGCUGCUGUUGAAGAUCGAACACACUGGAGCGUUCGAGUAUGGAGCGUACGCAGAGGAGGAACGUCUCCGCAGCCGUGUGCAGUCAGAGAGGCUCUCUCCUCGCCUCUACGGGCUUACUUUGCACCGUGCCGAGACCAGCGACUCUGGAACAUACUACUGCCUUGUGGAGGAGUGGCUCAUGGACCCUGAUGGACUCUGGUAUCGCCUGGCACAAGACUCCUCCGGCUUCACACAUGUGGUGGUGAGACAGCCAGUGGUGAAGUUGCAGGUGGAGGAGGCAGAAUCUAAUAUCACAGUACCUGAAGAUGGAUCAAUCCGGCUGGGCUGCAGCAUUCUGUCUCAGUCCUCAAAAGAUUCCCGCUUCUCUGUAUCCUGGUAUGUGUACCGUUUGGGACCGGAGGAGGAGGAUGACCAAGAGUGCGUCUUUUCCAUCGGUCAUGAUGCAGUGUUUGGUAAUGGGAACUGCAGCCCUACAGAGGAGCCUGGUCCAAACUCUCGCCUGCAGUUUGAACGCGCCACCUCUGAACUGUACAGUCUGACCAUCCAGAAAGCUCGGUCCAGAGAUGCCGGCAAUUACUACUGCCAUGUGGAGGAGUGGCUGCUGAACCCACGCAAUGCCUGGUACCGCCUGGCCACCAAUAACUCUGGAGUCACCAUUGUUAAUGUUAUGGAGCAGGUCUCUACCCUACAGUCAGUGGUUUGUUCCAACGACUCCCUCUUCUAUUUCGUCUUCUUCUACCCCUUUCCUAUCUUUGGCAUCCUCCUCAUUGCUGUCCUGCUGGUGCGCUACAAGACCCGCAGCUCCAGCAAGAACCAGGAGGGCAAGAACGGAGCGCCGCUCUUGUGGAUCAAAGAGCCUCAUCUCAGCUAUUCCCCAACCUGUCUGGACCCCCCAGCCCUCAGUCUUCACCCUGGUUCUGUGGAGUAACAGUGACACGAACGUGACCCUGUCUCGCUCAGAGACUUGCUCAUCUACACUCUCUCUGUCUCUGACUCGCUCUCUGUUUAUCUUCUCCUCCUCGUCUGUGAUGAGGCCACCAGAAAGUAAUCUGGGCUUCUAGCCUGGCCUGUCAAUCCAUCCAUAUGACUGACUAAGACCUUCCUCAGUUGAAGUUGCCAUGACUACGGUGGCUGCUGGCGCCGAUGCCUAGACAUUCGCUCUGCUUUCUUUUUCCUGAUCUUUUUUUAAAAUAUGAUUUUACUUUUCAUUCAUGCUCUUGUGUGAGAACUUUUCCUUUGAGGUGGCAGUAUCCGUGAGCCUGAUGUAUUUUACCCAACUGACACCAACCUCCUUCCCUCUCCAGGAUCGGAAACAGCAGUUUCUUUUUGCUUUUUUACUCCCGUCUAUGAAGUCUGGUGGAAACCAUUACAUAUUAUUUGUUAUUUUGUCUGUGCUGAUUUUUGCUUCAGACGACUGGAAGGUCAUUGCUGGACUAUGAACGUUUCUAGAGACAAUGGUGUAUGGAUGAAGGAAGAAAAGGACAAUCUUUCCUCAGAAAAACUUGGAAAGCUGACAAUGGAUGUAUAUUGAUUUUGUUUGUGUGCACGUGCCACAGAACUGACCUGAGAACUGCCUCUGUUUAAAUGGAUAUAUACUAUGGAGAGCCCUCAUUGCCCACAGACUCAAGGAAAUACAUGAACUCCAGCUCAUCCUCACUGCCACAGACCAAUACAACUUCAAAAGCCACAAAUUCAAAGACACUAAAUAGGAUUAGAUCUGUGUAACGUGAUGUUGGAAAAGACAGUGAGCUUCCUACACUGACAUGUUUCCUCAUCGCUGGUGCUCAGAUGUUUAUACUUGCCCCCAAAUUCCCCAUUUCAUUUCAAGGUCUUCUUGACCUUUCCAAUGUUAAGAAGUUCCAUUUAUCUCUAAAAACACCCUUGUGUACAUGAGUGUGUGCUUGUUUGUGUAUAAAUACACAACUGACCCCACAUUUGGUGAGCGUUGGCCUCAGCGUCCUCGUAUUUUCAUAAUGCAAGGUUGAAUGGAAUCAAAAGGGGGCAUGAAGGGAUUUUCUCUCCGGAGUUUUUGAAUUUCUUGUAAAAAACGUUGUCUUGAGGGAGACGGCAGACAGGACACUAUAGACUCAAGGGACAUUCUCAGUGCCAAGAUCUUUUUAUCAUCAUACGUGCCCUGUAAUGAUCCAGAAGGAAAGCAGAUAUUGGCAGACUUCUGCAUAUAUGAGUUAUGAAGGGAUUUGACAUUUUGUUUUAUCUAUAUUCUAAAUCUCAUCAAGUGUUGUUCUUCUUCUCUUUAUUGGUUUGUGUUUGAAAUAUGGUGCCCGAUCUUUGUGUUACCACUGAAAAAUUGUGAAAACUUAUUGCGCAGUGUCAUAACCUGUAACCUGUGAAGACCUACUAGUGUGAUUAUAUCUCUGAGGAUGAAUAUAGCAUCUAAGUUUUUGUUGGUCUCCAUGAACACUUCGAAAACACUGCCAUAUUUUACCAUUGAAGAUGCUAUGAUCCUCACAUUUGCUCUGCAAUCCACACUAGUCAUGUUUCAAGAAAGAUUCAGCCUCUAUACUGAAAGCAUUUAGAGCUUAGCUGUAGCGUGAAUGAUUUUUGUAAAUUUUUCUUUUAUUUCAACACGGACUAUGAAACAUAACGUGUUAUCUAGUAAUAGCAACCUGCGGUCUGACACCAAACUGGAUGUGUCUCACUUAUAGACACCACUGAAGAUCUUUUGACAGUGCAACUUUCACUCCGUUCUCACGGAGAAUCAUCUGGGUCGCUGCUGCCCUCAUGUAAUCUCAACAGUGAACAUCGCGGCUUUUCUGUAAAUGAAAUUUAGAUCCAUUCGAAGCUUGUGGUUGUCUUAUUUAUUGAAUCAUAAAACUCCUAGAUAGAAUAUGUGAAUUUUAUAAAUGUGAGUAGACAGAAUGUGGCAGAAAUAGCGGUGAACAUUUAGGCAACUAUAAUUUGGCUACUUGCGUGCAGUGGCCUAGAGGAUUAUGGGAAGUAAUUCUGAACCAGUCUGAGAAUCUUCAUACAGAUGACACAGUGAUCUAGCGCUCUUUAUCUACUAAAUUUUGUUGAACUGUAUAGUGCAUGAUGAUGAGUAAGGGGGACAUUUUAUUAAUGUCUGAAAGUUUUGUCGUGACAUCAUGUCAGAUCAAUGACAUCACCAUCUCCACCUUGAGUAAGGCCUUGCUGAUUCAAAGCACCUGUUCACCCAUUUUAACACAGCAAGUCUCAAAUGUAAUGCAAACUUUUGUUUGAUCAAUAGGUUGGCCUUCCUCAAGUAGGAGAUGUGUAGUGUGACGUUGCGGUUCUGCUGUCGUUCAAUCUGUACAGACUUAUUCAGAACUCUAAAUAGUGUUUUUGUAGUUCAACAUGCCCAGCUGAAUCAUAAUGUUCUCACAAUGUUGUAAAUGCAUUUCGAGGGCUGCAUGUCAUGGCUGUGUACUGGCAGUAUAGCUGCAGAAAAACAAAACAAAUUACAAAAAAUAUUGUGUUGAUGUGUGUUCAGUUCAGCCAGUGCUGCUUUUUUAAGUGGUGAUUUUUGUUCCUUUUUUUUUUAAAUAACCAAAAUAGUG